AACGCAUUUAAGGAAAGAAGCUGAACCUCGAAAUCUUCGAAGAGUUUGCCUCGAGUGUGUCGUUCGUUUCCCUUACUCCUCCGGCGUACGGUCCAGUCCAGAUCCCUCCGCCAUGGGCAACACCUCCUCCGUGCUCACUCAAUACGACAUAGAAGACGUUCAGGAGCACAGCAAUCACACCUUUUCGCAGCAGGAGAUCGUGUCGCUGUACCAGCGGUUCUGCCAGUUGGAUAGGAAUGGAGGAGGCUUCAUCGCCGCCGAUGAGUUCAUGUCCGUACCGGAAUUUGCAGUCAAUCCUCUCUCUCAGAGAUUGUUGAGGAUGCUGGAUGGACUAAAUUUCAAGGAGUUCGUAGCAUUUUUAUCUGCAUUCAGUUCUCGCGCGAGCCUGCAGCAAAAAGUCGAAUUCAUUUUUAAGGUCUAUGACUCGGAUGGCAAUGGGAAGGUUACUUUCACGGAAAUGCUGGACAUAUUGCGGGAUUUGACCGGUCAAUUUAUAUCCGAACAACAAAGAGAGAAAGUUCUUAGCGAAGUUCUCGAGGAAGCUGGCUAUACAAAAGAUUCUCUGUUGGUUCCGGCUGACUUCAUGAAGAUUCUGGGCAGCCAAGGGUUGAAGAUGGAAGUCGAAGUACCUGUAGAUUAAAGAAUAAUCGAGAGAGCGAAGUUAAGGUGCAUUUUGAUUCGUUAUGUGUUUAUUGUCUUAAAAGUUAUUCACUUUCUUGUUCUUGGAAGAUUGCAUUGUUUAUAUGACACAUUAGAUGUGCUUCGAUUGAUUGAUCGACUUGGAUUUUCAUGCUUUAUGUGUUUUUAAGGUGAAAUAGUUGUUGGAUGUGGUGUUUUUGAAUGUAUAAUUUUGGGGUUGGAUA